AUUACUAACUUGAACUCAGCACACUCUCGCAAGUUUCUAUUAAUAACACCUUUCUAUUCCAGCUCGCCUCGAGCUUUUGCUGCGUCAUAGCCAAAGUUUUCUUCUGAUCUUAACAACGAUUUUAUUUUUGCAUUAGCUUGACUUCUCCACGUCCCUACAGAAAAUGGCGCCAAAAAAUAUCAAGAUACUCUACUUUGACGCCAGAGGAAGAGGUGAAAUCAGUCGUCUGGUUUUGGCUGCAGCUGGUCAAAAAUUUGAUGAUGUCAGAUUUACCAGAGAAACCUGGCCAGCAGAAAAACCUAAUACUCCAUUCGGACAACUUCCUGUGCUAGAGAUAGAUGGAAAGAGAUAUGCAGAAAGUGUUGCCAUUUCAACUUACCUCGCCCGAGAAUUUGGAUUUUACGGUAAAACAAACUUAGACGGUCUUCAAAUUGAUCAGGUUAUACAACUGGGGGUAGACUUUUGGAAUGCAGCAACGAAAUAUUUUAUGGAAAGUGAUGCAAAGAAAAAAGAAGAACUCUUAAAGAACCUCAAGGACGUGGAGACACCAAAGUAUUUGACUUUCUUUGAGAAGUUACUGAAAGACAAUAAAACUGGCUACUUUGUGGGUAGCGGUCUCACUUUGGCGGACCUGUUUGUUUAUGAUUUAAUGUAUUUCCUCAAGAAACAAAACAUGCUGCCAUCUCAAGGCUUCCCGGGCCUUCAGGAACUCUACAAUAAAGUUGUAAGCAACAACAAUAUCAAAGCCUACCUGGCACAGAGGAAAGAAACAGAGAACUAAAAUCUGGACUAGUUUCUGUGCAUGAAAGCUAGUUGUCAUUGUUGAUGUUUAAAGGAAACGUCAAUCUAGAUCUAGAUUGAGCAAGAUCUAGACUUAGCAUAGUAACACAACUGGUUCAGUAGUUUUCUUACUAUAACUAGGUCCAAAUGUAAAUCUGGAUGCAAAGGCCAUAUCUGUGUUAUAGACACAAUAUAUUUUAUUAUAAAUCUAGAUAGGCCUAAAUAAAAUGCAUGUAUUUUU